CCCUCGGCGCGCGCCGCCGCCUCGCCGUAACCCUUGAGUUGCCGGAAGCCGGCCGGUUGUUUGCUCCUCUGACCGCCGCCCCUUCCUGGGUUUCCUCCUUUGCUCUGGAAUCGCGCGGUUUGCCCGCGCCCGGAGGCUGUGAACUGGGAUGGGGGGAGGGGCCCCGGUUCUGGGAGCCUUUGGAGUCCCCACUCCCGAGAGACGACCAUUUUAUGAGGUGGGGGCGCGCAGCUUAACCGAUCUUAGAGAAAGGAAACUGAGGUGAAAAUCCUGAGGCAAACACGUUGUCUGGUGGGAAAGGGCUCCGCGGGGCUUCAAAGGCUUUCGCUAGGCGGGAGUGAGACUUACUGGACUGGAGACCCUCGUGGCGCGACCAGGAGACGAGUUUAUCCCCCUUUGACCCGGCUCUCGGGGGCUUUUUCAAAGCUGUACCACCCUCUAUCUCAGAGUCCAUGUUUUAUGAUGCGACUUCAUGAAAGAAAGAAAGCUUUUUCAUAUUAUACCCUGAGAAGCUUCAUGAGCUGCGAAGUAAACAGGAAAAGACAAGACAAAGUUCAGAAGUAAGAACUUUGAACCAAUGCUUAGGAGACCACACAGGAAGCUGUAUGCAUAGAUCCAACUUUGCCCCCAAUCCUGAUGAUCAUAUCUGUUUUAGUUUAGGUUCCUUCAGAACAGACCUUGAUCCAAGGAGUUAAAUUGAGGAAGACAGAAUGUGAGCAGGUGAGGGACAGAGAAAGAGGGAGAUACAGAAUCUGAAACAGCCUCCAGGCUCUGAAUGUCAGCACAGAGCUGAACAUGGGGCUCGAUCUCACAAGCCGUGAGAUCGUGACCUGAGCCGAAGUCGGGACGCUUAACCGACUGACCCACCCAGUGGUCCAGAUGAGUGAGCCAGCAUCUCAAGAGGGAUCCAAACCUGUUCAGGAAAAUGGAAAAGAAGAGAAAGAAAGGAAACAGGAAGCAACUGAAGUGAAAGUCCCUACUGAGAGUUCACAGAGCGUACCAAGCAGCUCUGCAUUAGACAACAGCAGCAAUGUGCCAGAAACAGCAACAGAUGAAAUCAAAUCCCAAGAAAUACACUUGGAAGAGCAAACAAAAGCCUCAACUGAUUUAAUAAAGGACUCUGACACUAAUGUCUCAAAGAAUUUUGUGGUUAGAAAACCUGCCAAAGUGAUUUUCAACUUAGAUCCAGAUGUACUGAAUUCAAAGCUAGAACAGCCAUGGAAGAAAAAUUUUUACAAAAGAGUGGAGGCAAGAGCCCAGGCAAUGCAGCAGAAAAUAAUAAAUAAGGAUAAUCUGAAGAAAGAACUAGAAAAAAAGGCUGAAAAAAAAUUCCCUAGGAAUAAUUUGGCCAAAGAGUGGUUUAAUACUGAAAACAUGACACUUAAAACUCGUGCAUAUUUGCUUGACAAACUUCUACCCACCUUAGUUCCUGGAGUGGAAAAAAUGUUAAUGCAAGUGGAAAAGAAGAAACUUUGGGCAGAAGCUGAUAUUACAACCAAGUUUGAUCCAAUUAAUCAUUUGGGGGAAUAUUUAAUGAGAAACAAUCCUUAUUAUAUCAAAGACUCAGGAAUGUCUGGUUAUCAGAGGGUGAUGAGGGAUGUCACGGAAGAACUGAAGAUACAUGUUCCCAAUACUAUUGGCAACAGAGUAUCCAAGAUGAAGGAGAGUAUUAAACAGAAACGAGAAGAAAGAGAAUGCAUAAGUGAAGUCAAAAUCAAGGUGGCCAAUAUACGGAAGCAGGCUCUGCAGGAGCAGUUCAGUGAAUGGAUUCUAGACCCCAAAGGAAUGAUUCCUCUGGUAGUGAUUCAGAAUGUCCUUCAUGAAUUUUUUCAAAAUCCAGAUUUCCAGCUUGAAGCAUGUUGCAAACAAUUGGAUAUUGCUGACUCAAUGGGACCAAGACUGAACAAAAUGGAAUUUACAGAAUACAUCUCCUCAUACAUUGCAGACUUUAAAAGUGAAACGUUUGAGAAACUCCUUAAGCACCUCUGUCAUUGUGCAGAUGAAUUCCGGGAGAUCAUAAAAACGGAUAUGCGGAGGCAGAUGUUUGCUGAACUCUUCCUGUGUUGUGACCGUGGGAAGGUAGGGUUUUUGGGUCGGCAGAGGACAUUGGCCUUGCUGGAAACAUUCUAUGACCAAAGUUCGAAAAUGCUCAGAAGUUUGCUGCGAAACCCAAGACAAUGGCCAUUCAUUGAAUUUGAAGAGAUAGACUUGCCUGAGUUCUGGGGAGACAUGGAUAAUCAGAAACAUAUUUAUGAAGACUUUGACAAAGUGCUCUUAGAGAUAAAUGCAUUACUUUCUGAAAAACAUGCUAGCAAAACCCAAAGCAAAUUGUUAGAAACUCCAGAAGAUCAACAUAAACAUGAUGAAUAUACAGAAUCAACACCACCAGAACAACAGAGAGGGACGACAGCAGAACAGGAACCAAACAGAAUUUCAACCAAAGAACAAGAACAAGACAAAGAGUCUACUGGAAAAAAAGAACUAUACAGAGAAAUAGUAACAAAACAAACCCACACAGGGUCAACUCCAGAACAAGGAUCAAGUAGAGAGUUAAUAACAGAACAAAGACGACAUAGUGAUUCAGUAACAGAACAAGGACAUAGUGAUUCAGUAACAGAACAAGGACCACCACAAAGAGUAUCAUCUUCAAAACAAGGAGUCCACAUGGAAUCAACUGCAGAACAAGGACGCCACAGAGAAUCAAUAGCAGCACAAGGACCACACAGAGGGUCAAUCUCAGAACAAGAAUCACACAGAGAGUCAGUAACAGAACAAGAACCACACAAAGGGUCACGUGCGGAACAAGAACCAUCUGGAGAGAUAAUUCCAGAAAAACAACAGGACAUAGAUUCAACUUUACAGUCAGGAAGAGGUAGUAUCUUCAGAGAAAGUAGAAAAUCUAGGGAGUCUGCUUCCUUUGAACAUACUGAAAUCCUCCCACAGGAAAAGAGGACUCAGGAGCAAAUAUAUGAAGAGGAACUAUUUGUGAGUCCUGAACUGCAAGAGGAGGUUCCAAUAUCAAGAAGAAAAUAUCAUCUUUCAGAAACUACAAAAAAGGAAGUUCAGAAAGAUCCAUCUUGUGAAAAGUCCCAAAAAAUAGAAGGAAAGUCAUGGUCAGGUGAACUUUUGACAUGUAACUGGAAUAUGGAUUAUAUCAAAUGCGAAGAAGAAGAACAAGCAAACUUACUCUACAGUAGCUCCAGGUUCACAGACCUACAUGCAAUUAUCAGAAAUAUUCAGUCUUACAAGGAAGUAAAAGGUGGGAGUGCUUUCAAUGGAGUUUCCUUCAAUCUGCUCCAGUUUGUGCAACUUCUGGAGACAUUUGUUGGUGAAGAUGCCCCCCUGAGUGUCAGUGAGACCCUCACAUCCUUUUUUAAGAGGGGCUAUGUUGAAACAAAAGAGGAGAAAAUAAGUGGCUUAGAACAGAUUAGACAUAAUGCUUCCAGAGUCCGACGGGAACUUCUCCUAGAAGCCCUGUUUCAGAAGUGGGACAGUGAUGGCUCAGGCUUCCUGGAUCUGAAUGAAGUUGAUGAACUCUUGUACACAUACAAGGAGGGAAUGGAAAAAGAAUCUAUGAAGAAAGCUAAACUACACAUCCAAUUUCCAAAGCCACACCCUGGUCAAGAAGUGAGGAUGUCUUCAAAACAAUUUCAGAAAUACAUACAGUUGGUUGUAUCUGAACUCAGGGGCAAUGAAGAUCAUGUUCUGGAAAGUGUUGUGGAGUUCCUGAUGAAUUCUUUAGAAAGGAGCCCUACUGAGAACCUGAGGAAUUGUGCCAGGCGGAAGUGGCUAUACCGAAUCCAACAUGCUGCAGAGACAAGUGGGGUAUCUUUGGAGCCAGUGUACACCGAGACCUUUAAGGCUCUCACCCAGGAUGCUGAAUCCCAUGGAAACAAGAAGAUCAGUGCUCACAUUUCCCUCUUAGAAGAAAACAGACUACUGCCUGACAGAGGGAAUGUUCUAUUGAGGAACGUAGCUUCUACUUUAGAUGAUGCUCCAUUUGUACUGAACAGGGUACUCUACAGGGACAUGAAGGGAAUCAGCUUUACAGUAGUGGAUGAAGGGAAGCCAAUACAUGUCCCCCAGGUUCAGCACCAUGGGAACGUCUUCUUCUGGAACAAUUCCAUCAACAAGAGUGAUCAAAAUGGUUCAUUCCUGGCUCUGCCUCUUCAGGAUGCAUAUAUGAGGGUCUUUGGGGUCAUGGCUGUUGACACCCUAAGAGAUCCCCAAAAAAUAAACAUCUUUGUGCCUCAUGAGAUCAGAUUCUAUCAGGGUGUUGCCAAUGUCUUUAGCACUGCCUAUCACUACGUCCACAGCAGGAAGCACAUCCUGCAUGUUGUGAUCACUGGCAUCGCCUGGCUCUGUGAGAUCACAUCUGACAUCACCACCAUCACUACAUACUUCAUCGAGCCUGGCCCAAAGCAGGAUUCAGACUAUGUUUUACGCAAUAUGAUGGUUACAAGGCACCUGGGUCUAACAAAAAUCCACAGGAAUCCCCCUAUCAUCUUCAGGAAGACAUGCAUCUUCAGAGACUUCCUCUUUAAGUGUACAGACACUUCAGAAGUCAUUUUGGCCUCUGUCUGUGGAGAGAACCACAUAGUAAUUCCACUCCGUGAGAGAACGGGAAAGGCCUUAGGAGUUCUUGACUUUAACAUUGGCAGGAAUAAGAUGCUACUGUAUCGAGAAUUUAAAGAUCUGCAGAAAAUGAUAAAGGUGGUCCAAGCUGCUUGCUACGAAAUAUUGGGAGAAAUAUCUGGAGAAAUAAAGAAAAACUAUAUCCUAGAGAUUGAAAAUGUAGGUGAAGUCCAGCGGGCAGGAAUUCUCUUUUUCCGAAUCAUGCUGCAAGAGCUGCAGGAAAGCCUCCAACUGCUUACCUCCUUAGACUUUGUAUCACUGUUACUCUAUGACUAUCAUCCUUCGGUAGAGCCCACAUACCUGCCAGACACCAAGUCCCAGGAGGUGGAGGCCAACACAAAACUAGUACAUGACAUCCUGUUAGCGGUUAUCUUGUUCAUUCAUCCAGAGCUGGAAUUAUCAAGUGACUUCGGAAAUUGGGACAAGUGUAAAAUGUAUGUUAACAGACACUUUGUCACGAACAUUUGUGCCUUUGAUCCAACUGCUAGGCAUGUGGAAGUUAAUUUAAAGCUCAUUGGUGAAUAUAUCAGAGAUCAUUCUCGAAUCGAAGUAUGGAAGUUUGGUAAUAGUGUCAUCGAAUACCUAUACCACUGGGCACACAUCUGUUUAACUCUCAUGGAGCUAAGCAAAAAAACAAGUAGUGCCAUUGCACCCCCAUUGCCCUCCAAAACUGACUCCUAUGUGUAUGCAAAAAUGCCAAAGGGAAGCUUGCCAGGGAAAUGCUAAUGAAUUGGUACUGUAUUCAGGCUAUUUUUGUCAUGUUCAGUUUUGCUUGUUAACUAUAAAAUAUCUUCAAUUGGAAAGGAGUGUCGCAUAGACAUAUUUUGCUCCUAGACAUUGACCUCAGCAUUUUCCAAAACGAAAAUGCUACCUAAGGAGAAAUUUGAUCUAAAAAAUAUCCAGUUAAGGUAGCCAUAACCAAAUGCAUGUUAUAAGAUAUGUUGAAAAGUUUCCUUUUAGUUUUAGCUUUGUAUCUGCCGUGGGACUAUUGUGGUUAAUUGGGUAGAAUUAUUUCAACUCUUUAAAGGUGCAAAGUAAAGACUGAGGAUUUAUGGAAAAAUGGCUAUUUUUACAUUAAAGGAGUACCAAAUAAUAAAGAUUUUAAGACAUGAA